GAUACAAGGCGGCGCCACAGGGGCGCUUCGAUCGCAACCUCAGCUUGGCGCUUGUAAGCGGCAUCUGUCAAAAGUAAAAGAAAAGCGUUGUGUCCCUGUCCUUGUGCAGCCGCCAGCAGCAAAGCUGAAAACUAUUGUUUCAGCACCAUGUCGGCCGCCGAAGUCGAGCAGACCAACGGUAACUUCAUCGAUGACCACAUUCGCACACUCAAGUUGCAGAGCCAUGUCGGAUUUGACAGCCUCCCUGAACAGCUGGUUAGCAAAUCCGUGCAGCAGGGCUUCCACUUUAACAUUCUUUGCAUAGGUGAAACUGGCAUAGGGAAGUCAACCUUGAUGGAGUCUCUGUUCAAUCGUUCAUUUGAAACAACACAAAGCCCUCACAACUUAUCCAAUGUGGUGCUGAAGCCAAAGACUUUUGAAUUGCAAGAAAGCAAUGUAAGGCUCAAGCUGACAAUUGUGGACACUGUUGGCUAUGGUGAUCAAAUCAACAAGGAAGACAGCUUCAAGGCCAUUGUGGACUACAUCAAUUCCCAAUUUGAAAAUUACCUCCAGGAAGAGCUUAAAAUCAAGCGUUGCCUGUCACUGUACCACGAUACCCGUGUCCAUGCCUGCCUCUACUUCAUUUGCCCAACAGGACAUGGGCUCAAGUCCAUUGACCUGGUGUGUAUGAAGAAACUGGACAGCAAGGUGAACAUCAUCCCCAUAAUUGCCAAGGCUGACACCAUUUCCAAGACAGAGCUGCAAAGGUUCAAGAUUAAGAUAAUGAGUGAGCUCGUCAGCUGUGGAGUUCAGAUUUACCAGUUCCCAACAGACGAUGAGUCAUCGGCUGAGCUAAAUCAGAGCAUGAAUGCCCACGUUCCACUGGCUGUCGUAGGCAGCACAGAUUUUGUCCGAGUUGGAAACAAGAUGGUCCGAGCACGGCAGUAUCCUUGGGGAACUGUUCAAGUGGAAAAUGAGAACCACUGCGACUUUGUGAAGCUUCGUGAGAUGCUCCUGCGGACAAACAUGGAAGACCUGAGGGAGCAGACGCACACACGCCACUAUGAACUCUAUCGGCGCAUGCGAUUGGAGCAGAUGGGCUUUUCAGACAUCGGCACCGACAACAAGCCGAUCAGCUUUCAAGAAACCUACGAACAGAAGCGACAGGAACACCUCACUGAGCUGCAGCGGAAGGAGGAUGAAAUGCGCCAGAUGUUCGUGGUUCGGGUCAAGGACAAAGAAGCCGAGCUCAAGGAAGCUGAAAAGGAGCUGCAUGCCAAGUUUGACGCAUUGAAGAAACAGCACGCCGAGGAGAAACGCAAGCUAGAAGAAGAGCGCAAGCGGCUCGAGGAUGAAAUUCGUCAGCUCAACGACAAGAAAGCCCUGGUGCAGCAGGUGCAGAGCCACUCCUCUCACACACUCACCCUGGGCAAGAGCAAGAAGAAGUGAUGUCUGCUCACACCAGGCUGGCACAUCACACCACUCUGCUUGUCACCAAGGGACCCGGGGCUGAUUGACAUAACUUUAGGGGGUGCUCUUUGUUCCACUCGCCAUCGUGUCAAGCAGAGGGUAAGUUACGGCUGCGGCUGUUGGCAGGUCCUGGUAAUGUUGCCAAAUGUCCUAGCGUGCUGUCUUUCUCGAGUGCGAAGUAACAACGCGGUUAGUGUGGCUCUUUUGUAAAUGCGGCUUCUUUGAAGUGAACCUCGGCACGUCCGUCUUGUCCUGAAUGUCGCAUCAAAAAGAGAGGGAGGCUCAUGGAAGACCCUAAUGGUGUUGUCAAAGCAUCCUCGCGUGCCGUCUUUUCUCUGGUGCGAUGUGGUCAGUGCCCUGUCUUGUGAAUGCAACUUCUUUGAUGAAAUGGCAUGUCUGUUCUGAGACAACAUUAACAGGUUCAAAGGUCACUGAAGAUGCAGUUUGUUCUGACUUACAGGGGUGGAGAGUGAAUGGUUUGAAAAGGUCCACAUUGAUGGUGAUAGUAACUUACUGGUACAGUGGAAGUGGCUCUCAUUGGAAACUGGAAGCAAGCAGCUUGCAGUAAAGGCCGAACGAACCCAAGUAAUUUAAAUUGUGUUCUUUUCUUUCUUGAAGUGAUGGUAGGACCAUACUUGUGAGCACCUUUUUCUAAAUGCAUAGACUGCUAGAGCUUUAUUUAACUAAAGCUUGUGACAUCAGCAGCAGCCAUUCAUUUUAGCACACUUAUACAAAUAACCAGGGGAGAUGACAAAUUGUCACAAGUGCACAACUGGGUAAAUUCAUGUUUUUUCUGUACAUCGUCACAUAGAUCCAUAAGAGAGUGAACUGUUUGAAGUCCUUUUCAAGAAUGUACAUAUGUGUUCUUUUCUUCGUCAUUUUAUAGUGUAUCAACAUGAAAUUAAAUGUGAAUGUUGGGGCAUGCAGCGUCGGACAAAGUUUCCAUUAUGUGAACUUGUGGCCAUAUUCUUGAUUGGUAACUUCUGCGAGCAAUAUCUUUCAGUGUGGUUUGGUUGGCUACAGCAGCAAAAGGGGAUCUUUAGAAAAGAAUUGCACAUUUCUCCAUCAGAGUUGAUUUCAUGUGGCAUAGUUCGUGGCUGCAUUGACAGGAUGCCCAUCUUUCCAGCGAUGCAUUGCACUGGACGAAAGUGAAAUUAUCCCCGGAAGUGACCAAAUGAGAAUAUGAGCCCUUCUGUCAAACUUCAGCUCCUUACAGCACAUGUACUGUUGUAACCUUGAAAAAAUCAGCAGCUGAAACAGAUUGGCACCAGUGCUAUUUUUCAGCCAGUCUAAGAUGAUGCAGGUUAUGCGGCAGGCUGCAUGUCCUUUGUUUCUAAUUUUGUUUUAUCUUUUUAGUACAGCUGGCAUGUGUUAAUUUGAGCUUGACGUGGCUAACAAAAUUGAUUUUGCCUACCCAAGGAAGCUCUAAAAGCAUGGUCAAAUGUGAAGGGAAGGUGGAAAUAACCGAUCCCACAUCAACAGAAGUCUACCGUGUGCUUUCUGCAUACCUCUUUCAUUGCUUUUUUUAUUUGAAUAGCUUUUGUUGCUUGCACCUUGUCGAUUGUGAGCUUGUUUCAAAAGGUUAGAACUUCCUCAGCACUAGCAGAUGUAGCGAGGUGUUGCCUAGAUGGCAUAUCUCGCACCUUUGCAGCUUGAACUUGCCGCUUAUUUUCUUUUCAGAAUAUCUGAACUUGUGUGGUUUGAUCAAAGCUUAACCUAUUCUCUUGUUCUUUAGCAUUGAGAGUUCUUUAUUCCAUGUUCUCAAACCUGUUUACUUGUGCUGGUAAGCCCACAGGUAUGAUUGUACCAUGUUCUAGGCAGAUGCAGCAUGCAUCCAAGUGCUAAUAUACACUGGCACUUGCACGAACAUUGAUGCAAACUUGAGUGUUUUCAGAUCAAAAUGAAUUUUAUUUACAACUGCCAUUUUUUUGUUGUUGUGAACAUAUAUUGUUUCGUGCUCUGUUGUGUUGAUUCCUAACCUUGAAGCCAGUAUAGUAGUAGCUUAGUCAGGUAUUGAAUCUUUCACAGCACACUGUUUGGCUUUGCAAUGCCAGUGCUAGUUAAAGCGUGCGUUGGCUGCCUUAUACUUUCUGCUGUCAUAGAUGACACUCUGCUUUUAGCUACUUAAGUUCCUCAUCAGGUGUGGAGGUCUCUAUGAUCUGGUAAAUUCGUAUGGCAGUGUAGACUGCCCACUUACGAGGAGGACAGCAACUGCUGUGUGAAUUUAAUGUAGCAGGAAUUUGCCAUUGUAGGUCCAAAGACUUAUUCCUUCAUUUGUAAUAUCAUUCUGCCACAGGUGUUUUCUUGUAUGUUUUACAUUAGGAUAGUUUCCAGUAACAAUUUUCUUUUAUGCAGACAAGAGGUGCACAGUAACUUAUGUUUAUACUACUAUGUGGUUCCUUCAUCACAAGGAGUAUAGCCAGGGGACUAAGCACUCUUAUACGUCGCACUUGCCCAGUGAUGGUGGCAUUCUGCUGCCCAAGUGGAGGUCAUGGGUUUGAACCCUGGCUGCAGCGGCCACAUUUCAACGAGACAGAAUGCAAAGAUAUCAGUGCACAUUAAAAAGUAAGGUGGUCGAAAUCGCUUCGGAAAGAAGGUGAGAGCUCUUUAUUUUAAGGCGGAGAGGUUUGCUGGCAAAGGAGUACUUACCUACAUACUACUUUGCUAGGAAGGGGAAAAGGGGAGGUGCAAGGAAUUAAAAAAAAUUGUUUGCUUAGUGACCUUCGCUUGAGUCCUUCCUUCAGUUAUUAGAACUAAAAGGUCUUGAAAGGAAUCUGCUGCACUCUGACAUGCCAGCUGCCCCCCCCCCCCCCCCUUUAUGUGAGGAUGUACUAAAUGUUCCUUUGAGUUUUUUACAGUACCCUCAUGAUAUGAAUAUGUUACAUAAGGGAGGGAGUAUACAUAGCAAAACAGAAUAGAAGAAAUAACAAAGAAAAAAAAGAAAUACAGAACAGGUUACACAUUUAAACUAAAAGAAAUCAGGAAAAAUAAACAUUCAUACAGUAUUUUUACAGCAGGCUUGAUAGCUCAUUUUUAAAAGCACUAGGAUAAGUUAUGUUCGUUAUGGAUACAUAGUAAGUAUAUUGCACCGUGUGAGUUUAUGGCAAGACUUCGGCCAUUUUGGCAUAUGAUUUUAGAGUUCGAAAUAUCAGGUCUAUCUAUGGAAACAGCAUUCUGCCAUAGAACUGACUCUUGGGACUGGAUAACGUAACGAUUGUGUAAUAUUGUUUUUGCGUUUUGUCAUUGGGCUGAACAGUGCUCUACCUAUGUUAUCAGGAUCGGCCACUUGUGAGCAAUGGAUGAUAACAAAGGAAUAGAAUCAAGCAAAAGGAAUCGCUACUUCAUGCCAGCCUUGUUAACCCUCUCUUUACUUAAGAAAAUGCUGAUUUUCAAUGGUUCUGUGUUUUAUCUUUUUAUGUGACGUAGUAGUUGUAACAUAUACUGUCAUAUAUCAAGUCGUAGCUUAAUUGUCAUUUUGAAUCAAGGCGAAGCAGAAGUAAUCAGUCAGUGUUUCAAAACAUGUUUCAUAAAGCUUCAGAAAAGCGCUGACAAAACUACUAACUUUUGAUUUUUACUUGUAAGCAUGGCGAAAACAAUGUUUAGUCUUCAAGCUAUGCAGGGAAUAGUGUGCCUUGUAGAUAAAUUUUGAUGUGAAUGAAUGUUUGGCAGCAUGUUGAAAAUCCACAGUGAAAUUGAUCAACUUCCUCAGUUCGGAAAGAGAAAGUCAAGAUGUUGCACUUACUCUCAGUAAGUGUCGGUGUGGUUGUUGUUAAGUAAUGUUAGUUACCUCUUUGUCUUGAAGCAACAGCAGGGGCUCACAUAUGGAAAAAAGUGCUGGCAGAAAAAUUACUGGGCUGAUUGUGAUGGGAGAAAUAGGCAUAGUUUACUUGACACUUGGGCAUGUAGUUUUAUGCAUGUGGUGUGAGGCCAGUUGUGAAAAAUCAGUCGCAUGGUUAUGACAGUGAGCUCAGCAUGGCUGCAACCAAAACUGUGUUGGUUUGGUGUUCAUGCAUUGAAGUUCUCAGCUGUACCCCUUCACUGAUAUAAGAGAGACAGGUAUGAUUUGUGUUGUGUGAAGCGUUGAUAUUGAUGCGAGCUUAAAAUGAAUGGUAAACCUUGCCUGUAUUGUGUAUUUAAGGUUGGCAUAGAAGAAGAAAGAGCAUUGUUAUAUAGAUUUUUCUGCAAGGCACUGAAAUGGCCAAUUGUCAGAUAUUUUCUACUUAACUGUUCUACAACCAGUAAUUACAAAUUUUUAAUGUUGCACAGUUUAAAUUAGGCAACAUCCUUGUUUUGCUGUGCAGUUCUAUCGUGGCCUGUGCUUUUCGCUAGAAUUAACUUAGUUCAGGACAUUUAGUGUGGUAUAUUUGUUGCAAACCACAUGUGGUAAUUCAAGAGCUCCACAAGUGCAGUGUGGGAAAGAUGUAAGCACUGGGGACAAGGUAUGUCUGCUGCUUGCAGCAGCAAUGUGCUGUAAAAAUGCACUUGCCAUGGGACAGUGCUUAACACCUACAUGCUAAUUGGUGAACCUUCAUCAGUUCUGGCUAUCAGUGGCAUAAGAUCUUACCAGAUCAAAAGUCAGCACAGUGAUGAAAGGGGGGGGGGGUAUUCUUGGGCGAUUACUCUUGUAGAUACUUUCACUUUCGUGAAACUGCUGUCAGAUACGUCAGCGUCUAUGAGCGACGGGGUUCCUUGCACAAUGCUAAGCACACUGUUAUAGCACAGUGCCAGGAAUGCUAUCGCCUUUAAACACCGUCAUAUUGGUGCUAGUCUCGCGAAAAUGAAAUAAUCUCCAAAAGGGAUAGCCCAAGAAUACCCUCCCAGCAUGCUAAAAAGCUGUGGCCAUAUUACGGCGAAGCUGUGUAUGACUCGGAUCCCGUGAUUUCUCCGUCAACAGAACAGUUGACAGAAAGCCAUUCCACUAAUUGAAGCGAAAAGUGACUAUCUAUAUUGGAAUAACGCAUGCAAGACACACCCCAGUAUUAGUUUCAAUAAAGAAAAGCGCCAAACAAGUGUCAAAACCACAUAAGGCGUGUUCGAACAAUGCGAAGCACAUAGCAUUUGCCGCAUGCGUUUCCCGGUAAAGAUUACGGUUGCAUAAGCUGCAGUUGCCAGGAAGCUGCAACUGUAGGAUACGAAGCAGGGAAUGGUGUCACUAUACUUUCAUAUGUAAAAGAAGAACCCGCCUAGCAACUGAUUUCAUUUGUAUUGUGAUAGUGCUAUGGGAACGCCAUGCAUCGCCUGGAGAGCAGCGCGAAUACAAUGAGUGACGAAGGGAACAGCAACGUCAAUAUGCACAACGGUGUCGUGCUCAGGCUCGGCAGGACCCAGUGGUUCGUGCCCAAGAGGCUCAGUGCAAGCGCCAAGCAUGGCAAGGCAAUGCAGAACUUAAUUUUGGUACAAUGCAUUUGAUUGUCUUGCUGUCGAUCAUUUCAUGUAGUGCAUUGCUCAAUCGUUCAAAGGCUAUCUCACAUUGGUCUAUCGGAUCAAGUGAUACCACAGCUUCGCUGGCCAACCACCUUCACAGCGUGGAUUGGAGUCCAAUUUUUUAAAACCUAUGACAUCUGGGAAUAUUGAUUUCAGUGUUUGUUGGUUGGCUAGUCUUGCAAAAGAGGAUCUGCUAUAAGGGAUGGCACAACUCCACUCAGCAUCGUUUUUACAUUGUGUAGUUAAGUGCAUUGACAGACUAGUGUAUACUAUCGGUUGGGCAUCAUGCAGGAUGUCACACCACACAAAGGUGAAAAUAUCCCAGAAAAUUAAUUGACCACUCUUUUUUUGUUGUGAUUUGUGCUGAGUGGAUUGGAAUAACUUGAAUGGCCCGCUGUGGAGAAGACAGGACGUGCACUUGCAUUGUCUUGUAUUUCGCCCGUGGCCAUACCGGUUAAUCCAGGUAGUCCACUUAGUCCAAAUUGCGUUUGUAAGCCUCGGGUAGAAAGUUGGCUGAUUGCACAUGAAAUGUGUACGUUUAGUGUCUGUAGACCUUGCAUGCAAUGUUGAUGGUUUUCACAGCUGCUAUGUUUGUGUGAAGAGGUAUGAAGGCAAACAAGCUUACAACUUCAGUUGAACCACAACUGUGUUUUCAGAAUUGCAUGCAAAAAUGAUACAUGCUUUAAAAGAAUCAUGAUUCAGGGGUCCUCCAAGUGGUUCGUGACAUUUUCUUUCUGUGGUCACCCAAUCGAUGCUUAUAUCACUCCUGGAUAUUGUUUGAUUUGUUUUGUAUUAUUUUGAAAGUGAUUGAAGUUUGCCUUUUGUAACAUUAACAGUUGGUUUAACGUAUGGUAGUCUCUGAGAAUUUCAUUGGUUCACAGUUUACAGUGACCUGAUAGUUUUUCAGUGUUUUGCUAAACUUGGGACAAGGGCGAUGUACUGUUUAACAUAUUCCAGAAAUGUGAUGCAACAGGGGUAGAAUUUUUUCAUGUCUCCAUUAUAAUACACUGAACUGCAUGCUUGUAUAAAUGUUACCUGGAGAUUGCUCACAAACUGUUUUAAUCUCCCUUGACAUUCCCUUACGGUGGUGUGGUGCUACCAUGAGUGUGAGUGGUACUGAUACGUAUACUUUUGUACAAAACAAAGGAAAACCUCCAGCUGUGUAACUUCAGAUCUAGAAGCCUAGAAUUCUGUUUGCAUUUAUCUUGCAGAUCUUAAGUGUCCUUGGUCCUUGUGCUAUGUGUCAUCCUGUGUGCUUCAUACCUAGUCACUGUAUAAACUGUGCUAUUAAAGGAACUCUCAUAA